AUGUCCUUGUGGCUGGAGGCCCCUGUGCCUAAUGUUUCUCCUGACUCUGCGGUGGAGCUGUGGGAACCAGAUGCCCAAGAUGCAAACAGCCGGGUGCUGAGAGGCAGCGACUGCAUCCUCAGGGAGGAAGCCAGCAUGCCCCGGCCAGCGGGGGGCCCUUCAGGGGUGGGGCUGGAGGUGGCAGAUCCCACAGCCCUGCUCCCAGGAGUGGAGGCCCCUCCAGAGCCUACAGAGCUCCGUCCACAAAAGCGGAAAAAGGGGCCAGCCCCCAAAAUGCUGGGGAAUGAGCUGUGCAGUGUGUGUGGGGACAAGGCCUCUGGCUUCCACUACAACGUGCUGAGCUGUGAGGGCUGCAAGGGAUUCUUCCGCCGCAGUGUCAUCAAAGGUGCGCGCUACAUCUGCCACAGCGGGGGCCACUGCCCCAUGGACACCUACAUGCGUCGCAAGUGCCAGGAGUGUCGCCUUCGCAAAUGCCGCCAGGCUGGCAUGCGGGAAGAGUGUGUCCUGUCAGAAGAACAGAUCCGACUGAAGAAACUGAAGCGGCAAGAGGAGGAACAGGCUCAGGCCACAUCCGUGCCCCCGAGAGCAUCCUCACCUCCUCAAGUCCUGCCCCAACUCAGCCCGGAGCAACUGGGUAUGAUCGAGAAGCUCGUGGCUGCCCAACAACAGUGUCACAGACGCUCCUUCUCUGACCAGCUUCGCGUCACGCCGUGGCCCGUGGCACCAGAUCCCCAGAGCUGGGAGGCCCGUCAACAGCGCUUUGCCCACUUCACUGAGCUGGCCAUCGUCUCUGUGCAGGAGAUCGUUGACUUUGCCAAACAGCUGCCCGGCUUCCUGCAGCUCAGCCGGGAGGACCAGAUCGCUCUGCUGAAGACCUCUGCUAUUGAGGUGAUGCUUCUGGAGACAUCUCGGAGGUACAACCCUGAGAGUGAAAGUAUCACCUUCCUCAAGGAUUUCAGUUAUAACCGGGAAGACUUUGCUAAAGCAGGACUGCAAGUGGAGUUCAUCAACCCCAUCUUCGACUUUUCCAGAGCCAUGAAUGAGCUGCAGCUCAAUGAUGCCGAGUUCGCUUUGCUCAUUGCCAUUAGCAUCUUUUCUGCAGACCGGCCCAACGUGCAGGAUCAGCUCCAGGUAGAGAGGCUGCAACACACAUAUGUGGAGGCCCUGCACGCCUAUGUCUCCAUCCACCACCCCCAUGACCGACUAAUGUUCCCACGGAUGCUAAUGAAGCUGGUGAGCCUCCGGACACUGAGCAGCGUCCACUCAGAGCAAGUGUUUGCGCUGCGCCUGCAGGACAAAAAGCUUCCCCCACUGCUCUCUGAGAUCUGGGAUGUGCACGAAUGA